AUUUUUGCCGACGGAAAUCGGAAUGGGAGGAGGAGCCAUUGACGAGGAGCUGACAGAAGAUGAGAAGAGAGCUCUCAGAGGAAGCAAAUUCGCUCCUCUUACUUCUCUUCCUUCGUCUUCUCGCUCUAAGCCUCCCAGAUUGGCUCAUCCAGGUGGACCCUUGAAGACGAAUAAAGCGGCGGCUUUAGCAAAGUUUCUAGAGAGGAAGCUGCAAGAUCCUAAUGCUUCCAUUGAUCCAGCUCUUGUCGAAUUGGCCGUCAAAAACGCCAAAGACACUGUUAUUUCGAGUGGGGCUUCGAGUUCAGGAAGGAGAAUCCAACACGUUGCUUCAUUCGAAGACGUCGAGGUAUCUUCUGAUGACGAUAAGAUAGAGAACACUAAGCUUAACAAAAAGAAAAAGAAGAAAAACGCAAAGAAGAAAAAAGAUGAGAAAAAGAAGAAGAAAAACAAAAAGCAUAAGAUCACGGUCGAUGAAGAUGCCAAGUUAAAGAGACCCAAUAAGAAGUUGAAGCUUUAGUUUCCUUUUUCUGGCUAUACAUUACUGGUCACAUAUUUGAUGAAGAUGGUUUAACAGGGACUUUAGAAGAACAAACUCAAUCACUGGUAUCUGUUUGAUCCAAAGAAUCUGUUAGUCCGAUGGUUAGCUAAAGAUUAGCAUGAUAAUCUUUCUUCUUUAUGUCGGUUAGAUUUCUCCGGCUUUAUUCGGUUAAAUCUGAGACUGGAGUUGAUUGUGAUUUUAGAACGAAUAGCUUCAUGGAUCUGAAAUUUGUAUUUUGGUUAAAGAUCAAAUGCUUGUGUUGCUAGUUAUGAGACAAGUUCCAAUUAGUAAUGAUCUGCAUAAGUUCAUUGCAGGAACAUUUUAUCUAACAGAGCUCAUGGGUAUAAGUGUGUGUCCUACUUCAAAGGGACAAGAGUAAACACAAUAAUUAUAA